AUGUGCUCUAUAGCCAUGCUUCACCAGUGGAGUCUGGCCGUGUUUUUGCUCUGCUCCCCAGUGACUCUUUACGGGAGGCCAGUUGAUGCACUUAGUAGCAGAACGAGGAGGUCAGUGAGCCACGCCCAGCUGAUGCAUGACAAAGGCCGCUCCUUGCAGGAGUUCAAGCGUCGCUUGUGGCUGCAGGAGCUGCUGGAUGAGGUGCACACAGCUGAUGAGCGAGCUCCACCACCGCAGAGCAGAACCCCAAGCUUCGGUGGGAAUGCUCUACACCAGAAGCCCCCAGGGGCCACUAAGAACCUCCCUGACAGGUUCAGGCUGGACAGAGAGGGCCCUAACCUGCCGCAGGAGACCAACAAGGCUCUGGCUUAUAAGGACCAGCCACUAAAGGUGGCCACCAAGAGGAAAAAAAAGGUGAGGCUUGGCCGGCGUAGAGAGAGCGACAAGAAACGGAGGCGGGCACGGUCGAUCACAACAAGAGGAGCUACGAAGGAUGCAGUACCCUGGCCGAGAUAAUAACCAGCGUGAUGCUGCACUAAGACACUGACACAGGCUCAACUAAACUGAGGUCUGAGGGACUCAAAACAUGGCUGACUCAGUCACCUCAUAUUACGGCGGUCUGUGCUUGUAUGAUAAUUUUGCUUUGUUUUUUUUUGUGUGUUUUACGACAUGUCAUACUUCCUGGAGUUUCAUGAACU